AUGGUCCUUGUCGGACGGCCUCGCUUCGUAUACUGUCUCGACCAUAUUGCGAGCAUAGGACACGGUAGUUUGGCGGAAACUGACGUGUGGGCCAAGUUGUCAAAGUCCGGAAUCGUUCUGUUCAUGACCUCUAAGGCGCGCCCAGUACUGGGUCGUAUGCCUGAUGAGUUGAUUGGCAAGAGUUUGCAAGAUCUGAUGGAUUCGCGGGCGGAGGCACAGAAGGCUCUGGGAGUGGCUCGUACGGGCCAACGGGUCACUUUCAGCCAUAAAAUCCGUCAUAAAAAGGGCCAUAUGCUGCCGGCGCAGACCACUCUACACCCAGGUGAUACCAAGGAAGGCGUUAGGCCCUCGUUCCUUGUAGCCCAUAUUAGUUUCCCAAAACCCCCGCAGGGAGGCAAUGAUGAGUUGAAUUCAGCGCCCCCGCCCAACAGAAACUUGGCUGUUUCUAAGAUUCAUCGGCAAGCAGUUUCAGGUGUUUCUGGUGUAGCGGGACAAAACAUGUUGGCGUCCGUCAAACAAGCGAACCCCCAGAUCCAAAAGCUCCCAUUUUUCACAGAGCUGGUGCCAACAAGAGGUUCAAGCUGGCAGGUUGAGCUUCGAGAAUUGGAAAAGCAAAACCGAACGCUGUCCGAUGAGCUGCAGAAAUUGCUUACCCGCAGAAAGAAGCGGAAGCGCAAGCAGAGCACGGCAUCAGUAGAGAAAAGUUGUGCCAUAUGCCAGACCAAGAAAACACCUGAAUGGCGCCGGGGGCCUAGUGGGGAGCGCGACCUUUGCAACAGCUGCGGAUUACGCUGGGCUAAGCAGGUCCGUAACGCAGCGCAGGUGGCGGGGAGACCCAACGCUUAUUGA